CUCCGGGAAGCGAAAGGAUGAGUUGCGCCCUGAAGACACAGGGAAGAAACUAGUGGUUUCUUUUAAUGCUUUAGGCAACUUCGUCUCUUUCGUCUCCUCCUCCUCCUCCUCCUCUCCGCCCUGGGUACCCAGAAGGGCGAGCAAAGAAAAAAAAGUUUAAGUUCAGCCACGGCUGUUUCAUGCGCGAACUUCACCGCCCAGCGACCAAGAUCCAAAGAGACCGAGAGCUAAGGAAAACGAGACCCGGGAAAGGAGGGGAGAAGGAGGAGACUCGGCUGAGGCCGGACAGAAUAGGGCCGCCCGGGAGAAAAGGUUGCUUUCCACAGAUGCGUCGCUUCUUCUGCUCCGGGAGCCUGGGAGGAGCGGCCAGCCUUGUUACAAGAAAGCCAAAAUUAUUGUGAACGUCAAGUCUUUUUUUUCUCUGGAAGAAGCGUUGCGGGCGGGGGCUGGCCCUCGCCCUCGCCCUCUGCCACUUUGGCGGGAAAAGAACUUCGCAGGCAACUGAGACUCAGGCCAGCCUAAAGCGAAAUCCGCCAGGGGGGCCAUCGGGAGAGAGGUGGGACUAUAAGGGGCUCCUUCGCCCUCUUCUCUCCCCUUCUCCGGUGACGUUGCGGUCUCCUCCCUCUGGCGGAGUUCAGGCGCCUACGAACGCCGUCCUGUGAUCGGCGCGGCCCGAACUGCUUCCAUCCAUCCAUCCAUCCGUCCGGCUAACCUAGCCGGUCGAGCAUCUGUCGCGGACCGGCCGCCGCCACUUCAUCCGGCCGAGCAGAAGUUUGGCCGUGCCGACGGGUAGCGUCGUCGUCCUUUACUCCGGUGGCUCAGCAUUCCUGCCGCCGCGGAGUGAGAAAGGCUGCGCCAGGAGCAGGCUGAGAAAGAGAGAGGCUCCUUCAAAAAUGAUUUGGCUGCCUUCGAGAGCUGGAGCUCUAAUGCCACAAUGAGGACUCACACACGGGGGGCUCCCAGUGUGUUUUUCAUACAUGUGGUUUGCUUUGCACUAAUCUGCAGCACUGACAACAACCCAAGCACUGCUGUUCCAUUUGUCAAUGCCAACUACGACAACUACCCAAUGCUCUACUUCUCUAGACGAGAGAUACAGGAUCUCCGGUAUAAGGCAGGCACUACACAUCAACACAUUGCAGCUCGGUUGGUUGAAGCUGUGGAAAUCAUGCUGUCAAACUCUUUGGAGUAUCUUCCUCCCUGGGAUCCGAAAGACUUCAGUGCUCGGUGGAAUGAAAUAUAUGGCAACAAUUUGGGUGCUCUGGCAAUGUUCUGCAUACUUUAUCCAGACAACAUGGAAGCUCUUGACAUGGCCAAAGACUACAUGGAAAGAAUGGCGGCUCAGCCUAGUUGGUUAGUGAAGGAUGCUCCAUGGGAUGAGGUUCCCCUUGCUCACUCUUUGGUUGGAUUUGCCACUGCUUAUGACUUUUUAUAUAACUACCUUAGCAAGUCCCAGCAGGAAAAAUUUCUGGAAGUAAUUGCCAAUGCCUCAGGAUAUAUGUAUGAAGCCUCAUAUAGGCGUGGAUGGGGUUUCCAAUACCUACAUAACCAUCAGCCUACCAACUGUUUGGCCUUGCUGGUAGGAAGCCUGGUUCUAAUGAAUCAAGGUUAUCUUCAGGAAGCAUACCUUUGGACUAAACAAGUCCUAACAAUAAUGGAGAAAUCUAUAGUUCUCCUACAUGAAGUGACAGAUGGCUCCUUGUAUGAAGGGGUAGCUUAUGGCAGCUAUACCACCAGAUCUCUUUUCCAGUACAUAUUCCUUGUCCAAAGGCAUUUUGACAUUAACCACUUUAAACAUCCCUGGCUUAAGCAACAUUUUGCUUUUAUGUAUAGAACAGUUCUACCAGGAUUCCAAAGAACUGUUGCUAUUGCAGAUUCUAACUACAAUUGGUUUUAUGGUCCGGAAAGCCAGUUGGUUUUCCUAGAUAAAUUUGUUAUGCGCAAUGGCAGUGGAAACUGGUUGGCUGAUCAGAUUCGAAGGAACAGAAUACUUGAAGGCCCGGGGACACCUUCCAAAGGACAGCGUUGGUGCACACUUCACACAGAGUUUCUCUGGUAUGAUUCAAGCCUGGGAUUUGUCCCGCCACCAGAUUAUGGUAUUCCCAAACUUCAUUAUUUCGAGGAUUGGGGAGUUGUAACAUAUGGAAGUGCUCUGCCAGCCGAAAUCAACAGCCCCUUUCUCUCCUUCAAAUCAGGAAAGCUGGGAGGACGUGCAAUCUAUGAUAUGGUUCACCAGAACAAGUACAAAGAAUGGAUCAAAGGUUGGAGGAACUUCAAUGCUGGGCAUGAGCAUCCAGAUCAGAACUCAUUUACGUUUGCCCCCAAUGGUGUACCUUUCAUAACCGAAGCUCUGUAUGGACCAAAAUACACAUUUUUAAAUAAUGUGCUUAUGUUUUCUCCAGCUGUAUCAAAAAGUUGUUUUUAUCCAUGGGAAGGACAAGUUACUGAAGACUGCUCAUCAAAAUGGUUGAAAUAUAAACACGAUCUGGCUGCAGAUUGCCAAGGGAAAGUAAUUGCUGCUAUAGAAAAAAAUGAGAUCGUCUUUAUCAGAGGAGAAGGAGUGGGUGCCUACCAUCCUAAACUAAAGUUGAAAAGCGUACAAAGAAACCUAUUACUUCUUCACCCCCAGCUUCUCUUGCUAGUGGACCAAGUAUAUCUUCAAGAUGACAGUCCUGCCAAAAUAGCAACUAGCUUCUUCCACAAUGUUGAUGUGCCUUUUGAAGACACAGUUAUUGAUAAUGUCCAUGGAGCCUUCAUUCGACAACAGGAUGGGAUCUACAAGAUGUACUGGAUGGAUGAUACUGGAUAUAGUCAAAAAGCUAUCAUUGCCUCAAGAAUGUAUCCCAGAGGGUACCCUUACAAUGGGACAAACUACGUGAACGUCACUACUCAUCUGCGUAGCCCAAUCACUAGAGCCGUAUACCUCUUCAUUGGACCUUCUAUAGACGUCCAGAGUUUCAGCGUCCAGAGGAAGUCUCAGCAGCUGGAUAUUUUUGUCACCACCAGUGAGCAUGCUUAUGCCAUCUAUCUGUGGACCGAUGAGAAUAAAAGCCACUCUGUCUUUGCACAAGUUAUUGCAGACCAUCAAAAAGUGGUGUUCGAGCGAGCUUCGGCAAUUAGGAACUCCCCAGUUUCAGGAGUGAAAGACAAUCUUGAGAUCGUAGAGAAAAACCUUCAGCACUUGAAGCCUGUGUUCCAGCAGUUAGAGAAGCAGAUCCUUUCACGCGUGCGGAACACGGACAGCUUCAGAAAGACAGCUGAACGCCUACUCCGGUUUUCAGAUAAAAGACAGACAGAAGAAGCCAUUGACAGAAUAUUUGCCAUUUCUCAGCAGCAACAAGGCAGAGCAAAAAAGAACAAAAAGGUAGCUAAAGGCUACAAAUUUGUGGAUGCUGGCCCAGAUAUAUUUGCACAAAUCGAAGUCAAUGAGAGAAAAAUUCGGCAAAAAGCACAAAGCUUGGCCCAAAAAGAAUUGCCUGUGGAUGAAGAAGAAGAAAUGAAAGAUCUUCUGGAUUUUGCAGAUAUUACCUAUGUGAAAGAGAAAAACAAUGUGCCAAUCAAAGUUCAACCUGGUCUAUCCCAAAUAUUUUCCACUGCUCGAAGCAGUGCUCCUUUGGUGUCAGCAUCUUACACACGUCUUUUCCUCAUUCUGAAUAUUGUCAUUUUCUUUGUUAUGCUAGCAAUGCAACUCACCUGGUUCCAGAAAGCCAAAAGCUUACAUGGGCAAAGAUGCCUUUAUGCAAUUUUGUUAAUCGACAGCUGUAUAUUACUGUGGCUCUAUUCUUCUUGUUCCCAAUCACAAUGCUAGCAAAAAAAAAAAAAAAGACUGUGAAUGGUAUUUGACCAUUCUAUGGUUAGGUAUGUUUAUGCAAAGGUUCAGAAUAUAUUUUCUUUUCUGAAUGUAUUCCAGGAAAUAUCUAUGGAAUAAUUGUUCUCUUUUAAUCAGAGAAGAUGAAAUUAAUGGGCAUUGAGACAUUUGACACAUUUCUCAGAUUACCACCUACAUACGGGUCAAGUCUGUUCUAUAAAUGAAUGUCAUGUGCUUUUAUUCUGAAUUCAAUAUGUGCAUUUAAUUUUCUUCUCCAAAAGCAAUUUUCCUUGUCACUGAGUUGAUUUAUUAUUUUUUGAAUAUAUGCAACUGGGAUGGCUUAAUCAAAAUCUACUGGUUGUUAUCGUAUGGAUAAUCCUCAGAUAAUAGUCCUCUGUGAUAUAUAUUCCUUUUCACUGUUUUGCCUAUUCUAAAGUACUAUUACAAUUAGCCAUUUUUUAGAAAAGUGUGGAUAACAUUUCUUCCCAGUUGGCCUUCAGACCUAUUUGUUUUGUUUCCACCCUAAUUACCAUGGUUUUUGGAGUAUAAGAUGCAAUUUUCCCCCUAAAAGAAGGUGGAAAUGUUGGUGCGUCUUAUACACCGAAUACAGCCAUUUUUGGCUUCCCGAAGCCCCGCCCUGUGCGUCUUGUUUUUGUGAAAGAUAGGCCCAUUUUUCACAAAAACAGGGUGUGCAGAGGCUUUGGGAGGCCUGCAGAGUGCUUCUGUGGGCUGGAGAGGGCAAAAACGCCCACAUUUUUGCUAAAAACGCAGAGGCUUUGGGAGGCCUGCAGAGUGCUCCUGGGUGGGAGCCGGGGCAGGCAAAACCCUUUGUUUUUUCUUGCUUAGCUCUUUGAAAUCUUGGUGCAUCUUUAUACACCAGUGCUUCUUAUAGUCUGAAAAAUACGGUAAUUGUGGGGAUCCUCUUUCAAAUGUGAUCUGUCAUGAGAUAGAAAAACCGUCUGACUAAGAGAUGUAUCUAACUUUAAAUGAAUCCUUGUUCCAUAGAUAUUCUCCUUGUAUUCAGCCUCUUUCCCUUUUAAUCUAAGGAAACAAUUAUGGCUAAAGCAUAACAUGUUAUCAUUUUUUUGAGUCCAGGAUCCAAACAGUAUGGGCAUACAUGUUAUAAAGUUACAAAGUAUCCAUAAUCUAAUCUCACAGACAGAAAUUGUAUUUUUAUAAAACAUUCAAACAAAUCAGGUCCUCAUAAUUUUCUAUAACUCAUCAAAUACUCUGUGAUCAAUGUAUAUUAAUGUGUCAGUCAGUUUACUUGAGAAACUAUGCAGAAUAUAAAAUUAUUAAGGUUCUAAAAAGUAGACAACCACUGACGAUGGAAAAACCUACAUCUGGUAGUCAUUGAUAUUGGUAUAUUAGAAGGUUGCAUUUAAUGUGUAAGAUGAUGUUAUUUGUUGCAACGCUUCUCUAUAAAAAUGGCAGCCUUUCCUUGGGAAGCAUAUUGGAAGUAAUUGUUAAAUGAAGCCUUUGACCCUGCUAGAUUUGAAUAUCAAGCCCAUAGGUACUAGAUAUUGUUCAAAUAAGGAAUGUUUUUGACAACCAAGAACUUUAUUUUAAAGAAAAUAAUGUUUGUCCCAAAUGUCUUUUGCUAAAUAAAUAAUGUCAGUUAUGCAUA